AUGUCACGCGCCUCAGCUGGUUUUGCCGACUUCUUUCCCACAGCUCCUUCAGUCCUUCAAAAUCACUUGAAAGUUGGUGACCAGAAAGCCAAAGGAUCAGAUGGCAAAACAGAGGUUACGGGUUCAUUCAAGGCGUCCGACGCGCCUAUAAUCGGCGUAUCGGACCAAUCUCCGAGACUGGAAAAGACUACAAAACCACUAUCUGGUGACGAUAUAGCAAUUGAAUUGAGUGGAUCAGGAGAGAUUAAUGGGAAACUUCAUCCAAUCUCCAAUGACACCCUGACGCCACUCACCAAUGCGGGAUCAUCCCCCUCUCGCAAAGCUUCCAGUCCCCGAUCCAAGAUGGCAGAUAAGUCACCCAAUCAUGGUCUUCGCGUGAAUACAGAACCUACCAAGUCUUCCAUUACACCCAUCCAUACCCCACCAACUCCCCAAUCUCAAAUGUUCCAGAAAUCAAAACCUAAAGGCUGUAGGGCGGUCUACGACCCCGAUCUCGAUAAAAAAUCGUCUAAGGAGAAACGACGGAAAUGCGAAUAUGUGGAUAUCCUCACCAAUGAUCAAGCAGUUCCUCUUGACCCCCGUUUGGCCAUUCCCAAUUACACUCGUGGAUCAGGAUGUAAGCAGAAAACCAAAUACCGGCCAGCUCCAUACACUCUAAAACAAUGGCCGUACGAUGCCACGACAAGCAUCGGGCCGGGUCCUCCAAUCCAGAUCGUUGUGACAGGUUUCGACCCCCUCACACCAUCCGCGCCUAUUAGCGCACUUUUCUCCAGCUUUGGCGACGUCGCAGAGAUGAACAAUCGAACAGAUCCGAAUACGGGACGUUUUCUCGGAAUAUGCUCAAUCAGAUACAAAGAUACCAACUCGUUUCGUGGUGAUGGCCCCAUUUCUGCAUCCAGUGCGGCCCGGCGUGCUUAUUUUGAAUGCAAAAAGGAGCAAAGAAUCGGAACUCGCAGAAUCAGGGUAGAAAUGGAUCGCGAGGGUGUCGUCUCCGAACGAAUGGCUGCCAAAGCGAUUGAAUCCCAAAGAUUGGUAUCUAAAAGCCUCGUGACAGCCGUGGAAUCCAGGCUGGAUGCCAAAAGGAAUGAGCCGCCACCCACAGCACCUAAAGGUCCUUCGGGGAGAUCUUCAAUUCGCCCUGGUUUGGUUAUUCCAGAAGGACCCAGAGCUCUGCGACUACCCAUGGGACAUUCUCUCGUUGAAGAUAUCCCCGUUUUGAGCAAGAUCAAGCGCGACCCCUACAUCUUUAUCGGUCAUUGCCAUGUGCCAGUUCUCAGCACAACAAUCCCACACUUGAUGAAGAGACUGAAACCGUUCAACUAUAAGGAUAUUCGGUGUGAUAAAACAGGCUACUACAUCAUCUUCGAGAAUUCCCGGCGAGGCGAAGAGGAAACUGAACGUUGCUUCCGAAUGUGUCACAUGACACUGCUCUUCACAUAUAUUAUGAACAUGGAAAGCCAUCCUUAUGGAAAUCCCAACUAUGUGCGCAGUCCGAGUCCAGAGCGUUUGAGAGCUGAGCAGCAGGAUAAGGCCAAGAAGGAAAGGUUGCGGAAGGAGGCCGACUUGGAUGUGGAAGAGGAGAAAAGGCAACGCGCUUUCGACUUAGACCCUUGCAGGGAAGUUCUUUCUAUCAUCAUUCGUGACUUGAGGGACAAGCUUCUCGAAGAUGUCAAGUCUCGUAUUGCCGCACCCGCGUUAUAUGAUUACCUCGAUCCUAUCAAGCAUAUUGCCCGGCGAGAACGACUGGGCAUACCAGGCCCAGAAAGCACAAAACAGUCAGCUUUUCGAAUUGGGGUGAGCAGCAUCCUUGGUACCCCCGAUUCUCGGUCUGAAAGUGGUCGCGAUCCUCUGCGAUCGUCGAGUCUCAAUGUUCUGGCUCUUCCGCGCAUUCGAAAAGCCCAUGGUAUGGACCGUACAGGUGCAGCCUUCGUAGACGAACGACGCAGACAGCCAAUUCGUAGACGAGAAGUGCGACCCCUCUACCAUCGCCUUCAGCAGUUGCAUGACGACGAAGAUUCCGAUGACGAACAACGGACUCCACUGACCCGAGAUACCGAAGAAAGAAGCAGUCUUCCUCCAAGCCGCGCAAGUUCUGUAUCCUCUGAAUUUGAACCGGACGGAGGAUAUCAAUCAGAUGCAUUAGGCUCAGUUGAAGAAAGCAGCGCGCAAGCCACAGAUGAACUUGGCAAAGAGAGCGAUAGUCUCCCAUCCAAUUUUGAGGCGCUAUCUCCUCGCUCACUUAAAAGAAAGCGACUCACAGAAGAACAUGAUGCACGAAAACGGCAGCGGCAAGACGAAGAGCUCUUUGGUAUUCAAACUCCAGGAGAGAGGGAAGCUCUCCCAACAGUGGAGAUCGAUCUUGCUCCGGAGGGAGCGGAAUCAUUCGAUUCUCACGUCAAGCUUACACCACAGGCCCAACAGCCGGAAGAAGACAUCCUCGAUUUAAAUGAUGUGGUUGAUGACCCUUCAGCUGAAGACAAUCUUGAAGAUAUCAGGACCGAAAUUGAAUGGGGAGUGUCCAAGGACGAGCCACGGGCGACUGUGAAAGAUGAUGAAACCAUCAUUCUGGACCUGGACGGUUGGCAACACCUCAUCAAGGAUGAGGAGGAUAUGAGAUUUCUUCGAGAAAUUUUACUUGACCAGUCUGCGUCCAAUGUUAAGAAUAUUGUCGCAUGGGCGUGGCGACAAAAGGAGAUCAAAGCGCUCAACCAUAUGGAAAUGAAAGGGCCCAGCCACAAGGAAAUUGGUAUCACCGGAUAUUAUCUUCCAAAUAUCACCGGCGCCGCUCGGACUGAGGGCCGCAAGAGGAUCCUUGAGUCUGAAAAGUCGAAAUACCUGCCCCACCGCAUCAAGGUGCAAAAGGCUCGCGAGGAGCGUGAAGCUAACGCCAACGCUGAUCCUCAAGUGACUGCUGCCGAAGAAGCGAGAAUUGCUGCUGCCAAGACCAUCUCAAAAUCAACUUCCCGUUCCACGCGCGUCAACAAUCGCCGACUUAUCGCCGAUAUCAAUGCACAAAAGCAAGCUCUUCUAACAUCCAGUGGUGAAGGUGAUGCUCUUCGGUUCAAUCAACUCAAAAAACGCAAGAAGCCUGUUCGUUUUGCCCGAUCCGCCAUUCAUAAUUGGGGCUUGUAUGCUGAGGAGAAUAUCACGGCCAAUGACAUGAUUAUCGAAUAUGUGGGAGAGAAGGUUCGCCAGCAAGUCGCAGACAUGAGAGAGCGGCGAUAUCUGAAGAGCGGGAUUGGCAGCAGCUAUCUCUUCCGAAUCGACGAGAACACUGUCAUUGACGCCACUAAACGAGGCGGAAUUGCAAGAUUCAUCAAUCAUAGUUGCACGCCUAACUGUACCGCUAAAAUCAUCAAAGUGGACGGCAGCAAGCGCAUUGUCAUCUACGCUCUUCGGGAUAUUGAAAGAGAUGAGGAACUCACGUACGAUUACAAAUUUGAACGAGAAUGGGGUAGCGAUGAUCGCAUUCCCUGUCUUUGCGGCUCAACUGGCUGUAAAGGAUUUCUCAAUUAA